GAAAGCAUCACAAGGCUGACAAACAAUGACGAGGGCCUGACAGUCCUGAACCUGAACAAUAUCAAGAACAUCAGCGCGGAACAACUCUCCCGUCUCGCCACCGCUCUGGGCGAGAACACAAAGUUAAAGGAACUGCACAUGGCGGCAACCAAUAUCACCUCCGCGAUGGUAGAGCCCUUCAUCCUUCCCCUUAAGGUCAACCACGAUCUGGAGGUUCUCAAUCUGGAGUCUAACUUCAUCACAGGUGAGUGA